AGACAACUUCUCGUGAAGACAGAGCCCUUGCAUGUCUGGUUAGACGAGAACAAUUUGCAACAAGUUCCUGUUUGAAACGAUGAUAGGUCGUCGUGUGCAAGAAAGGGGUCCACCUGUACAAGAUCUGGCCCAAGUGGAAGCUGCCUUGCACCAGGAAUGGCAGCGACUUCCUCUUCAGAAGUAUUAGGACGCUGAGAGGUGGUAUGCAGGGAAGGGAUCGGGCUGUCAUCCAGGCACACGGUGGAUACACCCGAAAUUGACACUUUACGAGAUAAAAAUUACGUUUUUAAUUUCAACGACUGCUUCAACACUGCUCACUUCAAAACAAUACUUGCAAAGCCAUUAUUUCACUACAAAAUCAGCAAUGAUGGAAAUGCGUGUAUGUUGUCAUUAAAACACAUGGAUUUCAAUCAUUUUGUCGUUUCUCAUCAGCCAGAGUGUCCCACGGUUCAUAACCAAUCACAUUUUAUACACCUUUGAUACAGAAGAACAUUAAUCGUAUGUGUACAAAAUCGCCUCAGUGAAAACCAGGAUGGUGCUUCAUUAAGUCCUUUCUGUAUAUAAUGUCUUUGCUAACACUGUUAUUUGCUCCAACUCUCUUCAACUAGGAGGCGGGGCCUUCGUGGUCUAGUGGGUACGGUGCUAGCACAGAACAAGACCCAUGUGUCUCUCGCCAAUGCUCUUCGCCGUGAAAUUCAAGUCCACUUCACGUUGGCUUCCUGGUCGCACGUGAAAAGGGUAAAACCAAACAAGCCAAACGCUAUGCCACAAUGAAGAGAAUGAUCAGCCUGAAGGACUCCAGGAUAAAAUCAAAAGACAGAAUCAAAAAGAAGAGGAAAAAGUCUGACCCACAAAAUCUGAAAGUCAGAGAAGUCCCCCAAGCUUCCUCUGCUAUGUUUUUCCAGUACAACACACAGUUAGGGCCCCCUUAUCAUAUACUCAUUGACACCAACUUCGUCAACUUUUCAAUCAAGAACAAGCUGGAUAUCAUACAGUCUAUGAUGGAUUGCUUGUAUGCUAAAUGUAUACCUUAUAUAACAGAUUGUGUGAUGGCUGAAUUAGAAAAACUGGGAAGUAAAUACAGAGUAGCUUUAAGAAUUGUGAAGGAUGACCGAUUUCAGAGGUUGCCAUGUUUACACAAAGGCACCUACGCUGAUGAUUGCCUGGUUCAGAGAGUUACUCAGCACAAAUGUUACAUCGUGGCCACUCAUGACAAGGAUUUGAAGAGAAGGAUACGUAAGAUACCAGGUGUUCCCAUCAUGUAUAUUGCACAACACAGGUAUUCCAUAGAGAGGAUGCCGGAUGCUUAUGGAGCUCCUAAAGUCUGACCAGAUUUAUGUUGUGAAGAGUGACUAUUAUCACACACUGGCACCUGGCUAGUAAGAAAACUGUAGCUUGGCCAGUUUUAGGCAUGGACUAUCAGAAGUUGGGCACCAGUUCUGAUGUUCAUAUUGAUGGAUGAUAUACAUUCUGGUGGACACGACUUUGAUGUACACACUGAUGAUCAUCAUUUCAGAUGUACACACGGAUGGGUGCCACUUACAUGUAUGGUGUACACACUGAUGGGCACUGCUUACAUGCAUAAUGUACACACUGAUGAUCAUCAUUUCUGAUGUACACAUGGAUGGGUACCACUUACAUGUAUGGUGUACACACUGAUGGGCACGGCUUACAUGUAUAAUGUACACACUGAUGAUCAUCAUUUCUGAUGUACACAUGGAUGGGCACCACUUACAUGUAUGAUGUACACACUGAUGGGCACUGCUUACAUGUGUAAUCAUGAUCACUGAUGAUCAUCGUUUCUGAUGUGCACACGGAUAGGCACCACUUACAUGUAUGAUGUACACACUGAUGGGCACUGCUUACAUGUAUAAUGUACACACUGAUGAUCAUCAUUUCUGAUGUACACAUGGAUGGGUACCACUUACAUGUAUGGUGUAAACACUGAUGGGCACCGCAUACAUGUAUAAUGUACUCACUGAUCGUCAUCAUUUCUGAUGUACACACAUAUAGGCACCACUUACAUGGAUGAUGUACACACUGAUGGGCACCGCUUACAUGUAUAAUGUACACACUGGUUGUCAUUAUUUCUGAUGUACACACUUCAGAGCACAACUUACAUGUAAAAUGUACACACUUCUGAGCACAACUUACAUGUAAAAUGUACACACUGAUGGUACCAAGUGUAUGUAAUGCCAGCAACCAGCAGAUGGUUGUGGGUUUCCCCUGGGCUCUGCCUCCCACCAUAAUGCUGGCCGCCGUCGUAUAAGUGAAAUAUUACGAUCCUCCGCAGGUUUCAUUCAUGAUGAUGUGCACACUGAUGGGCCCCACAUAUGAUGUACACAUUGAUGGGCAACAUAUAUGAUGUACGCAUUGAUGGGCACCACAUAUGAUGUACACAUUGAUGGGCAACAUAUAUGAUGUACACCCGGAUGGUCUUCGUUUAUGAUGUACAUACUAAUAAUGGGCACCACUUACAUGUAUGAUGUACACACUGAUGGGCACACAUAUGAUGUACACAUGGAUGGGCACCACAUAUGAUGUACACACUGAUGGGCACCACUAAUGAUGUACACACUGAUGGUCACUGUGAGUUCAAGUCCAGCUCACGCUGGCUUCCCUAAGUGGGAAUGUCUGACAGCAACCCGCAGCUGGUUGUGGGUUACCCCUGGGCUCUGCCCGGCUUCCUCCCACCAUAACGCUGGCCGCUUUCGUAUAAGUGAAAUAUUCUUGAGUAUGGCGUAAAACACCAUUGAAAUCAAAAUGUACACACUGAUGGAAAAGAGUUUCUCUGAUAUCAUGGAAACAAAAACAAUAUAAUUAUGGUCACUUACCCACACUGUAGAAUUCAUAUAUUCUGUUAAAAAGUGAUGGUUUUGCCAGAUACAACCUUUGCCUUUUUUUGAGGUAAGAAAUGCAUUACACCUUUUCAACUUGCACAAAAAUCUUGAAAGUAUUGGCAGAAUUGUGUUUGAGUCUAUACAGUGCAUGUAUGUAUGUCUGCUUGAUUAAAUCGCAGAGUAACUCGGCCUCUUGAAGUGUUCUAGGGAGAUUUCUUAAUUUUGGGUGACUACAUGUACAUAAACCUGGUCAUUAGCAGGGCUGAUAUAUAGAUGAGAUGAGAGACUAAAUAAUGAUAUUGACAGUAUUAUCGUCAUUUGGGGUUGUUUUCAGCUUCAGAAACUGCAAUCUCCAUUAAUGCUAAUGCUUUUAAUAAAACCAAUUUCAUCCACUUAUCUACAUAAUGUUGCCUUCACUAUUUG